CUUCUCCUCUUCCGACUCGGAACGAAAGGCAGAGUUCUCCCGCUUUAACGGAGCGAGAGACGGGAAGGGCAGCAAGGGAAUAUUCCGUUGUGUUGUUGUCAGGUCGGCGAUGGGGAGCCUCGCGGAAGCGGACGAGGGCACCAACCAUCCCCGGAGGCGACCGAGGUUCCUAUGCCUCCACGGCUUCCGCACCAGCGGGGCGAUCAUGCGGACGCAGGUGGUGGGGAAGUGGCCGGAAGAGGUCACCGCUCGUUUGGACCUUGUCUUCCCAGACGCGCCCUUCCCCGCCGAGGGCAAGUCCGACGUCGAAGGCAUCUUCUCUCCUCCCUACUACGAGUGGUUCCAGUUCGAUAAGGAUUUCAUGGAGUACACUAACUUAGACGAAUGCUUCGCGUACAUCGAGGACCUCAUGAUCCAACACGGACCGUUCGAUGGCCUGAUGGGCUUCUCCCAAGGUGCGAUUCUCUCGGCGGCACUUGUAGGUCUUCAAUCUAAGGGUAUCGCGUUGACGAGGGUGCCGAAGGUGAAGUAUCUGAUAAUAAUUGGAGGGGCGAAGUUCCAGUCACAGCCGGUGGCCGAGAGGGCUUACGCGGCUGCUAUCGAUUGCACAUCGCUCCACUUCUUAGGUGACAUGGACUUUUUGAAAAAGCAUGGUGAAGCACUAUUGGAGUCUUUUGUAAAGCCAUAUGUCAUCCGGCAUCCCAGGGGUCAUACUGUCCCCAGGCUUGAUGAUAAAAGUCUGGAGACAAUGCAUGAUUUUCUGCAGAAGAUUGAAAAUGAUUUGCCCUCUGAUGAAACAUCAAAUGACAAACAUGAGGAAGUUUAUAUGAGUUAAAGACCCUCAUAUCCUGUUUUCUCCGCAAUUCUUGGUAUUCUGAACCAAGCAUCUGUCUGGUUGUAUUCAGAGAACAGGUGAUAUGCAUCAACAAGUUUGAAUUUUAGCGGAAACAUCUUCUUCUCUCCUUACUAGGAGUUUCUCAUUUACAACUCUGUAUGUACGACGGUGACAAGCUGAAGUUUAAUCAGCUGUGAAACACCUGUCUGAAUAGGGUGAUAGCAAAAGGUUCCUUUUUGCUGUGGACCGGAUCAUAUUAUGGUGAAGUCCAAUAAUCUGAUACUUUCUACUCA